ACAACAAACAGCGCCGCCCGGGUAGUUCAUGGCAAGCAGCACGGAGAAAGACAACGAUGAAAUUCGCUCUCCUCUCGGGAAUAAGUCGGCGGUCUGGAAAUAUUUCGGAUUCCGGAGGAAAGACGGCUCAACAGACAAAACACACGCCAUACGCAAACAAUACCAGUGCGAGUUGAAAUACUCGGGAAACACAACGAGCUUGGCCGCGCACCUAAAGAACAAACACGGCACUGACCCGCAUGCUCACACUAGCUCCAGUGUUACCGUGCCAGAGGCCUGCACACCAGCUUUGACCAGUUUCUUUCCACAAAAACUGAACAACAACUCAAAAAGAGUGACGAGUAUCACAGGUGCCAUUUCAUAUUUUAUUUGCAAAGACAUGAGACCUUACAGUGUUGUCGAGAAUGAUAGCUUUCGUAAACUACUGCAUACUCUGGAGCCGAAAUACGCAAUACCAUCAAGACAGCACUUCAGUGAAACGUGCAUACCGAGACUGUACACUCAAGUUAAAGAUGAAGUUAAACGUGAGUUCCUGCAUGCAGACAGAGUCGCUAUCACUACAGAUGAAUGGACGUCAUGUACAACACAAGCCUACGUAACUGUAACCUGUCAUCAUAUUGACAACGACUGGCAAAUGAAGAAUUAUGUUCUUCAGACACAGAUUUUGAACGACGCACACACAGGAGUAAAUCUUGGCACAGUUUUGAAGGAGGCAUGCGAGGAGUGGAAUAUAAACGACAAAAACCCUGCGCUUGUAACAGAUCAUGCCAGCAACAUGUCCGUCGCCGGAGUAGAGGCAAGUCUGUCACCGCACAUCAAAUGUUUCAGACAUACUAUAAACUUGGCGACACAGAAAGGCCUGAAAUGUGCUGGUGCUGCACAUCUUCUGGGGAGAGUGAGACGGGUCGUGUCAUUUUUCCACCGCAGCACAGUGGCGACCUCGCUUUUAAAAGAGAAGCAGAAGUUGCUUGGACUUCCAGAACACAAGCUAAAACAAGACGUAAUCACACGUUGGAACGGUUCGUUUGAAAUGUUAGAACGGUUUCUGGAGCAACAAGCUGCAGUGUGUGCUUCACUCCUGGACAGAAAACUGAGGAAAGGUGCAAAUGAUGUGCAGACACUCAGCGAAGGAGACAUCUCUACAGCUGAAGACUUAGUUAAGCUACUUGGACCAGUGAAAAGUGCCACCACCAUCAUGUGUGAGGAACAGCAGCCCAAGGUAUCUAUGAUUGCACCACUCAAAGCUAAGUUGUUGGAGCAUUACAGUAUCUCAGAGGAAGACUCCACUUUAGUGACAGAGAUGAAGCAGACAAUGACCAAGGAGCUCCAGCAGCGAUAUGUGGACGUGCAGCAAGUCCUGCUGAGAGCAUCUGCCUUAGAUACAAGGUUUAAGAAGCUGCCAUUCUUAAGUGAGAAGGAGAGAGAUGCAACUUUCCAGUGUCUCACACAAGAGGCUGCAGAGCUGUGGGACCAGAAAAAUGACACAGUGGCACAGGUUGAGAAUGCACCUCCUCAUCUGAUGACCCAGCACCACCUCACUCAUCUGGUGAACCAACCUCUGAUCAACCUGACUUGGUGCCUGCUUCCCAGGUUCAAGCCACUGAACAGGAUUAUGUCCCUGCUUCCAAGAGGUCAAAGGCACUUGAGGAUCUCUUUGGUGACACCUUCUUCACUGUGGACCCUAGCCAGACUGCCAAGACCUCCAGAGAGCUAGCCCAUGCUGAGGUUGCUAAGUAUAAAGACAUCUGACAUCUGAUGACAUCUGAUGUAUAAAGCAUCUUUGAUCCUGGGAGGUAGUGUGUUAGAGUGGUGGAAAAGUCAUCAGACUGAGUUUCCCCUCCUGGCCAACCUUGCCAAAACUUACCUCUGCAUUCCUGGUACCAGUGUACCCUCUGAGCAUGUGUUUAGCACUGCAGGUGCCAUUGUGCGUUCAGAGCAUAGUGUUUUGUCUCCUGAACAUGUUGAUCAGUUGGUUUUUUUGAAGAAAAAUCUCUCAAACAAGAAAACUGGAGGACAUACUUAGAGAUCUGUCAGUAAGCCAUGAUAAAAGCCAAAGAGCUGUCACCACAUUACUAAUAAUUACAUGCAAAGGACUUUGUUGAAGUAUUUGACUAAUACAAUAUGCACUAAGAAGAUGUGGAAUUGUUUACAUUUGUUUUGUUCUAACUUGUUCUCCAGCUGAAAUUGCUUAUUUUGGUUAAGAAAAAUGUAUAUAAGAUGUAGUGGAUACUGGAUACAGUAGCUAUGAUGCAGGGCGACUGUACUGCAUUUGCACUUUAAAGUAUAGGUUAAGACCUUGGUUAAGUUCUAACUGUUAAAAAUACUGUGUUUAUGAGACACUAAAAAGAGUUAAGGUUUACAAAAAUCCUGCUUUAGUGUAUAAAAAAAUGGGGACUUCGUUCUUUCAGUUUUGUUUUAUAGGAUGUGAAUGUUUUAAAGCUGAAUAUGUCUUAUGUGUUUAUUUAAAUGCCUGAUACCUGGAAGAGCCCAUAAAUACAAUGGUCAAAUCAUAUUCUAGUUGUUUUUGUGAGUUGAUGUAAAUGAUUGUGUUAGAUGGGCAUAUGAUAUCGCAUCAUAUCGAUCGCAGGCUCCUGAAUCGAAUCAAAUCGAAAUUUGAGACUUUGUGAUAUCGGCAAACAUUGUAUCGAUAUAAUAUCGUAUCGUGAUGAAGCUGGUGAUUUACACCCCUAGUCCUGAUGGUGUCCCUGGAAGGGUGCUGAAGGACUGUGCGGCUCAGCUGGCUGGCAUCUUCACCAGCAUCUUUAGCCAGUCCCUGAGUCAGGCUGCCGUCCCUCCCUGUCUGAAGUCCUCCAUCAUUGUUCCCCUCCCCAAGAAGAACAUCAUCAGUGGUUUGAAUGACUAUCGGCCAGUAGCCCUUACACCGGUCGCUAUGAAGUGCUUUGAGAAGCUUCUCUGUGCCCACAUCACCUCUAGUCCCCCCCCCCAAGCUCGACCCCCACCAGUUUGCCUACAGAGCAAAUAGGUCCACAGAAGACGCCAUCGCCACAGCUCUCCACUCUGCUCUUUCCCACCUGGAGCAGCAGGGGAGCAACGCUCCGUUGCUCUUGGUCGACUUCAGCUCUGCUUUUAAUACCAUCCUACCUGGCAGACUGGUGACCAAACUGUCGGAACUGGGAAUACCACACUCCACUUGUCUAUGGAUAAAGGACUUCCUCACAGACCGCCCCCAGAGGGUAAGAGUAGGUCCCAACCUCUCCUCAGCCAUCAGCCUCAGCACCGGCUCUCCACAGGGCUGUGUGCUGAGUCCACUACUCUUCACCCUAUACACACAUGACUGUACCCCCACACACGGCAGCAACAGCAUCAUAAAAUUUGCCGAUGACACCACCGUGGUGGGGCUCAUCUCAGGGGGGGAUGAGUCAGUGUAUCGGGAUGAGGUGAAGCAGCUGUCGGUGUGGUGCACGGAAAACAACCUGAUCCUAAACACUGCCAAGACAAAAGAGAUGGUGGUAGACUUUAGGAGGGCAAAAAAGAACGUCAUUCAACCACUGUUCAUCGGAGGAGACAGUGUGCAGAGGGUCUCUGACUUCCAACAGUUUUACCACAAAGUAUGACUUUCUUGAUCUUAAAAUAUAUGUUUUAAAUUCAUUAACGACAUAUUUGGAUUUCAUGUCGCAACUCACGGGACCAAGAGAUAAUAUUUCUCUCCUCAUUCACUGCCAUUCAUAUUUUUUCCGAUCUAAGGUCCCAUGAGCUUCACCGGAAGGGGCGUGACUUCGGCACUCUAUGUCUCUAGUUUACAUUUUGGUAUGAUAGACCUGCCUAUGUAGUAGCUUAAUAAAAAUUUUUGGAUGAUCUUUGGGUCCUCCCCAAAAUUGAAAAUAGUCAAAAUUGAGGCUUCUCCAAAAAGGACAGUGUCUGCCUUAUCACAUGAAUCUCGGGAAAUAAUUAUCAGAAUGUCACCAAAUUUGGACUGAAUGUUCACAGACAGUUGCUGCAAACAAUACAGCAAAGAUUUCAUCAGUAUAUUCAUCAGCUCCUUUUAAAAAAUUUAUACACCUAAACACACAUGAAUUACAGGUGGACAUGGAAUAAGGAAUACAAAAUCCAAAAGGCAUGUAUAUAUGUGUUUGCCAUUAUUAAUGUAAAUAAGCCAAUCACCCCAAAAUUGCAUU